CCGACGGGGGUAAAAAGCCCCUCACGACGACAACGACAACAAGGCGCUUCCCUCACCUCGGCGCCGGGGAGGUGGAGAGGGCGAGUUCUGCUAAGGUCAGACUGCGGGCUGAUUUCGAAUCCCUGGCCCCUUCGCCUCGUCUUCGGACACUGAUGGUCAGCUGGUGUCUCUUGGGCACACGCAGAUCCUCAGGCCGGCCGAGAUGUUCAGCACGGCCCAGUCGUCCUCCAGGGCCCAGUUCCUGGACAAGGCCCGGCAGGCCCGGCAGGAGCGCAAGGAGCUGAAGGAGCGGGAGCGGGCGGCCACCCUCAUCCAGGCCCUGGCACGGAGGUUCCUCUGUCGCUGCCGUCUGCAGAGGGAAAUCAGGAGAGAAGUCGAGGAGUUUUUCGAAGCCAACGAGGGCGGAUCCGGCAAGAGAAGCGCCCUGGCCGUUUUCAAGAUCGCCAGGAAGCUCCUGUUCGUCUUCAGCGUCCGGGAGGACAAAGAGGUGUUGGAAAGGUUGUGCCGCUGCCUCCUCAGCAGCAUGGACGUCGAGAACGAACCCAAGGUGUGGUACGUGUCGCUGGCGCUGUCCAAGGACCUCACGCUCCUCUGGAUCAAACAGAUCAAGGACAUUCUCUGGUUCUGCUGCGAGAUCCUCAAGCAGCUGAAGCCCGACAUCCUCCACGACUCCAAGCUGGUCACCCUCCACCUCGGCAUGCUCGUCACCUUCACGGACCCGUCCACCUGGAAGAUCCUCCGGGGCAGAGGUGAGGCCUUGCGACCGGCCAUGAGCCGCAUCUGCGCCAACAUCAUGGGACACCUCAACCGGAAGGGAUUUUAUUCCGUGCUGCAGAUCCUGCUGACGGCCGGCUUGGCCAGGUCCAGACCGUCCCUCUCGAAAGGCUCUUUGACGGCGAUCUUCUCCCUGGCGUUGCGCCCCGUGGUGGCGGCCCAGUUUUCGGACAACCUGUUGCGGUCGUUCCUCGUCCACAUCCUGUCGGUGCCGGCCAUCGUGUCCCACCUCAGCGCGCUGAGCCCCGAGUGUCUCACCAUGCUGGAGUCCCACGACCUUCUGCACAAAUUCAUCGUGUUUUUGAGUCACGAGGACCAAUGCAAAGAUGUCUGUAUGUGUUUAGAGGGGAGCCACACUCUCUGUUUACUGGGCAACCUCAUCCACCUGGGCUACCUGACGUCCAGGGUGCUGGAGGAGGAGACGGGCCGCUUCGUGGCCGUGCUCGUCCACAUGCUGUCCUACUGCCAGAAGUACGUGUCCCAGAAGAAGUCCAACCUCACCCACUGGCACCCCGUCCUCGGCUGGUUCUCUCAAGCGGUCGACUACGGCCUGAACGAGUCCAUGCCGCUGCUGACCAAGCAGCUCCAGCACCUGUGGGGCGUGGCCCUCAUCCGCAUCCUCUUCAGAGACAUCCUGAGCAAGAAGCUGCUGGAGAGUCAGGAGGCCGGUCCCGCCCCCGGGGCCUCCGCCUCCCCGCCCAGCGGCCUCCCCGUCAAGAGCCUCUUCAAGCGGGCCUUCCAGAAGUCCGCCUCCGUCCGCAACAUCCUCAGACCCGUCGGGGGCAAGCGGGUGGACUCGCUCGAGGUGCGGAAGGUGUGCAGCGUGUGCGGGCUCUACCAGACCACGCUCACCACCCUGACCCAGCUCCGCCUGCAGAUCCUCACAGGCCUCACCCACCUGGACGACCUCCUGCCCAAGCUGUGGGCCUUCAUCUGCGAGCUGGGGCCCCAGGGCGGGCUCAAGCUCUUCCUCGAGUGCCUCAACAGCCCCUCGGCCGAGUCCAAGCAGCUCCUGGCCCUGCUCAUGCUCUUCUGUGACUGUUCCCGCCACCUCGUCACGAUUCUAGACGACAUCGAAGUUUACGAGGAGCAGAUCUCGUUCAAGCUGGAAGAACUGGUCACCAUCUCCUCCUUCCUGAACUCCUUUGUGUUCAAGAUGAUCUGGGACGGCAUCGUGGAGAACGCCAGCGGGGAGACGCUGGAGCUGUUCCAUUCCGCUCACGGCUGGCUCAUGGUGUUGUACGAGCGGGACUGCCGGCGCCGCUUUGCCCCCGAGGACCACUGGUUGCGGAAGGAUCUGAAGCCCAGCGUGCUUUUCCAAGAGCUGGACAAGGACAGGAAGCGGGCCCAGCUGCUCCUGCAAUACACCCCGCACGUCAUCCCCCACAAAAACAGGGUCCUCCUGUUCCGCAACAUGGUCACGAAGGAGAAGGAGAAACUGGGGCUGAUCGAGACCAGCUCCGCGUCGCCUCACGUCACCCACAUCACCAUCCGCCGAUCCCGGAUGCUGGAGGACGGCUACGAGCAGCUGCGCCGGCUCUCCCAGAACGCCAUGAAGGGCGUCAUCCGCGUCAAGUUCGUCAACGACCUCGGGGUGGACGAGGCCGGCAUCGACCAGGACGGCGUCUUCAAGGAGUUCCUCGAGGAGAUCAUCAAGAAGGUCUUCGACCCCGCCCUGAACCUGUUCAAGACGACCAGCGGGGACCAGAGACUGUACCCGUCGCCGUCCUCGUACAUCCACGAGAACUACCUGCAGCUUUUCGAGUUCGUGGGGAAGAUGCUGGGCAAAGCCGUGUACGAGGGCAUCGUGGUGGACGUGCCCUUCGCCUCCUUCUUCCUGAGCCAGCUGCUCGGCCACCAUCACAGCGUCUUCUACAGCUCCGUGGACGAGCUGCCCUCCCUCGACUCCGAGUUCUAUAAAAACCUGACCUCCAUCAAGCGCUACGACGGAGACGUGGGAGAUCUGGGCCUGACCCUGUCGUACGACGAAGACGUGAUGGGGCAGCUCGUCUGCCACGAACUCGUCCCCGGAGGGAAGACCAUCCCCGUGACAAACGAAAAUAAGAUCAGCUACAUCCACCUGAUGGCCCACUUCCGGAUGCACACCCAGAUCAAAAAGCAGGCGGCGGCGCUCAUCGGGGGCUUCCGCUCCAUCAUCCGACCCGACUGGGUCCGGAUGUUCUCGGGCCCGGAGCUGCAGCGCCUCAUCUCCGGGGACAACGCCGAAAUCGACCUCGAGGACCUCAAGAGGCACACGGUGUACUACGGCGGCUUCCACGGCAGCCACAGGCUCAUCGUCUGGCUGUGGGACAUCCUGUCCAGCGACUUCACCCCCGAGGAGAGGGCCAUGUUCCUCAAGUUCGUGACCAGCUGCUCCCGCUCUCCGCUGCUGGGCUUCGCGUACCUCAAGCCGCCCUUCUCCAUCCGCUGCGUGGAGGUGUCGGACGAUCAGGACACGGGAGACACGCUGGGCAGCGUGCUCAGGGGCUUCUUCACCAUCCGCAAGAAGGAGCCGGGGGGCCGCCUCCCCACCUCGUCCACCUGCUUCAACCUGCUCAAGCUCCCCAACUACAGCAAGAAGAGCGUCCUCCGCGACAAGCUGCGCUACGCCAUCAGCAUGAACACGGGCUUCGAGCUGUCCUAGCCGCCGCCCGCCGGACCGCGGACGAGGCCGGGGGGCGGGGGGAGGAGGAGGAGG